CCGUGUUCAAAACCAUUGGGCUCUUAGCCAUUAAUCUCCUUCUCCUGCUGUCAUUACAGACACUUCCAAAGUCAGAUACCCGCGGAGAGCCGCCAGCUGCCUUUCACACGGCGGUUCUUCCGAGCCGCGGGGGCUCCGCGCCGUACCCGGCCGGACACGGGGCUGCUCCCCGGGCCUUCCGCCGGGAAGGGAGAGCGGGAUCCCACGGCAUCUCCGCUGCCAAUCGGUAGUUGGCAUCUAAAGUUUCAUUUACAUUUAUGAAACUGCCGCUCCGAGCCAAGCGGGCGCGGUGCUGCCGGCUCCGUAGCCGCGGGCAGGGCUUGCAGCCGAGCGCACGGAGGGACGCGCUGCGCUCACGCGUGGCGGUGUGAAAUAGCUGGUAUUGACAAAAACCCUGGGACGCGCGCUGUAGCAGACAAGGGAGCGACUUGGCCGGUUCCAGUUUGAGUAUGAAGUCAUGCUAGAACAACUACUAAGCUGUAAAUUGAAAGGAAGAUAAUUUUCUGCUUGUGGAGGAAAAGAAAGGUGAAUAACCUCAAUGGAAGACUCUCAGGAUCUAAGUGAACAGUCCGUGAAGAAGCCGUGUCCAGAGUCCGAUGGUUCAGAGCCGCAGAAUCCCAGGUCUAUGGAAAUGCAGGAUCUAGCCAGUCCUCAUAAUCUUGUUGGAAGCAGUGAUGCACCAGGUAGUUCCAAACUGGAUAAAUCUAAUCUCAGUAGCACAUCAGUCACAACAAAUGGAACAGGAGGAGACAACAUGACUGUGUUAAAUACUGCAGACUGGUUGCUGAGUUGCAGUACUCCCUCCUCUGCAACAAUGUCUCUUCUUGCAGUCAAAACAGAACCCAUGAACAACAGUGAAACAGCAACAACAACUGGAGAUGCAUCGCUUGACACUUUCACUGGGUCAGUAAUAACAAGUAGUGGCUACAGUCCCAGAUCAGCGCACCAGUACUCUCCACAGAUAUAUCCCUCCAAGCCCUAUCCGCACAUUCUUUCUACACCAGCAGCUCAAACAAUGUCUGCCUAUGCCGGACAAACGCAGUAUUCGGGAAUGCAGCAGCCAGCGGUCUAUACAGCCUACUCACAGACAGGACAGCCCUACAGCUUGCCUACUUACGAUUUGGGUGUAAUGUUGCCAGGCAUCAAGACGGAAAGUGGGCUCUCGCAGACCCAAUCUCCUCUGCAGAGCGGGUGCCUCAGUUACAGCCCAGGGUUUUCCACCCCACAGCCAGGCCAAACACCCUACUCCUACCAGAUGCCAGGUUCUAGUUUCACACCAUCGUCCACUAUUUAUUCAAACAAUUCUGUUUCAAAUUCUACAAACUUCAGUAGUUCACAACAGGAUUAUUCGUCAUACACAGCUUUUGGCCAAAAUCAGUAUGCACAGUAUUACUCAGCAUCAACAUAUGGUGCAUAUAUGACCUCAAACAACACGGCUGAUGGCACUUCAUCAUCAUCAACCUACCAAUUACAGGACUCUCUCCCUGGCUUGACCAGUCAACCAGGUACAGAUCUACAUUCAGGGGAGUUUGACACAGUGCAGAGCCCCUCCACGCCAAUCAAAGAUCUUGAUGAGAGAACAUGUAGGAGUUCUGGGUCAAAGUCUCGGGGUAGAGGGCGGAAGAAUAAUCCAUCACCCCCUCCGGACAGUGACUUGGAGCGUGUAUUUGUUUGGGAUUUGGAUGAAACAAUCAUAGUUUUUCAUUCGCUGCUUACAGGAUCCUAUGCACAGAAGUAUGGCAAGGAUCCGCCCAUGGCAGUGACCCUUGGACUACGAAUGGAAGAAAUGAUUUUUAAUCUUGCUGACACACAUUUAUUUUUUAAUGAUUUAGAGGAAUGCGAUCAGGUUCAUAUAGAUGAUGUUUCUUCAGAUGAUAAUGGACAAGACCUAAGUACCUACAGUUUUGCAACUGAUGGCUUCCAUGCAGCUGCAAGUAGUGCAAACCUUUGUCUGCCAACAGGUGUAAGAGGAGGGGUUGACUGGAUGAGGAAGCUGGCUUUCCGUUACAGAAGAGUAAAAGAGUUGUAUAAUACUUACAAGAACAACAUAGGAGGACUCCUGGGUCCCGCUAAAAGAGAUGCAUGGUUGCAAUUAAGAGCAGAGAUUGAAGCUCUGACAGACUCCUGGCUAACAAAUGCACUUAAAUCAUUAUCAAUUAUCAGCACAAGGAGUAAUUGUGUAAACGUAUUGGUAACAACAACUCAGCUUAUCCCAGCACUUGCAAAAGUUCUACUAUACAGCUUAGGAGGAGCUUUUCCUAUUGAAAAUAUAUACAGUGCAACCAAAAUAGGAAAAGAAAGUUGCUUUGAACGAAUAAUGCAAAGGUUUGGCAGAAAAGUAGUAUAUGUUGUAAUUGGGGAUGGUGUAGAAGAAGAACAGGCAGCAAAAAAAGCACAACAUGCCUUUCUGGAGGAUAUCCAGUCAUUCGGACCUCUUGGCUCUCCAUCAAGCACUGGAACUAGAGUAUUUGUAACUGUGUCCUAAAGCUGGUGAUCCUUUUAUAUAUAUAUAUAUAUAUAUAUAUAUACACACAUAUAUAUAUAUAUAUAUGUAUACGUAUUUCAAGUACACUGAAUUUUUAUGUGUGAUUCAAUGCCUCUGGCUUUACACAUAUGAAUUGUCUUAAGAAGGGAAGAAAUAUUUGGAAUUCAAAAUUCCAAACUGAAGAAUUCAGAUUGCUGAAUGGAGUUAAAACAUUAGUGCUACGUAAGAAAGCUCUAUGGUCUUAUAUAUGCAACGUUUUUAAGUGAAUUAAAACUGUGGAGGUUGCUGGUACACACCAAGUGAGCCCUGACAGGAGUGAACAAAGGACUCGAACUGGCAAAGCACCAAAACGCAUUUUCCAGCCAACAAGGUGGUGUUCAACAACAUUCCUCAAAAUGGGAUAUAUUCUCAGCACUGAGGUUUGAACCAGACUUUAGCCUACCUAACCCAAAAAAUCUGAAUUGGAAUGCACUCAGACUGUAUAAUGACAAUCCUGUCUAGACGUGUAAUUUGUGUAAAUUAUUGAUGAAAAUAAUUUACUGUGACUUUAUUAGCAGCUGAUUUUGGAAGUGGAUGCAAUUUUUCUUUCUUUUUUUUGGGGGUGGGGGCAGGGGAGGGAAAGGGUUAUAUAAUAUUGCCUCUUUUAUAAGUUUGGCAAAGAGAAUGUGCAUAUGAUGUGUUGUGCCUUAAAGAGAAGACUGUGUUUGUGUGUUAUAAUGUAAUUUUGGUUAAAAACUCUGUAGAUAAACAAAAAAAACUUUGUGAUAAUUUCUGACAUGACCAAAUUUGAAAUUCAAAGAAAUCAAAGAGCAGGGCUGCACCAAAGAAUUUAAGUAUUUGUUGCAGUAAGAAAAAUAAAUAAAGGAAAGUUUGUGUUUUUAUUUGGAUUCUGAAUAAUUCCACUGAUUUUCUGAGAAAAGUUAAGAAAAUAUUGGGAGGUUGAUACUGGGGACCGCUACCUGGAGAGGUAAAAGAAGAAAUAGUGUUUAACACCUUCAGCAUCAUUUCUUGAUUCGCCAGCAAGAGAACUAAGAGCCACAUUCAUUAAUUACUGCAUCCACUGAGAGCCAUACAAUGAGUGCAUCUGCUGCCCAUAACAGAGCAAAGUUCCACCCAGCAGACAAAGUGUUCAGGUGGCAUUACUGGAAGGUGAAAAUGUGGAGUUAAUCCCAGAUGGGGAAUAAAACACAAGUUCGUUAGGGAUGAAAAAUUACUAAAGAAGUUCUCAUCUGUCAGAUGUGGAAAUUAUGCUACAUUUAUCAUAUUCAGGAUCAACACAAGCUGCUGAAAUUGCUGGCUUGGUGACAUCGGCCAUUUCAGGAGAAUAGUCUGCUUUGGUAAAGAAAACAGCAUUGUGAUAGGUUUUCCAUUCUGUUCCACAUUUUUGUGUAUUUUGUUUUGUGUCAGCAUGAUUUUUCUCAUCCAUUUUUGAUUGCUCAACAAAAUUGCACAGGGACAACCCUAAAUGUUUUUGAAAAAGAAAUUUCAAUAGCAUGCCAGGCAUCUGAGGAGAGGAUAAGGAGGUGAUUUUCAUGAAGAAACAUUGAGAAAUAGAUCACCUUAGCUUCCAUAAUGUCUAUUAAAAGUUGCGGUCCAUACAGUAACAAUUACCUUGCAAGUUUUGAACAUUCUACCUUUCAGCUAUGGAAAAUGAGCAAAAUCCAUACUGCACACAGGGCCCUUAAUGUUCCACGUGCAGCUUGAGCACUCUGUAAUAACAGCAAGUGGCUCAUCUCUCGUGGCAGAAGGUGGAAACUACUUUUUCAAUUUUUAACACUGUAUGUGGAGACACCUGAGGCUGAAUGUGCACUGACUGUGUGAAGAGGUAUUUGCAAGAGAAGAUGUUAAAGGCAAACUCCAGGAUGUCUGCACGAGUAUAGUAGUCAGCACUGAGGUGAAAAUCUUCUCUCUGUGCUCUGAAGCCAUCGUAUGCCAGAGUUACCAGGUAGUAACUUAGUUCAUUUAAACUUUGUUGAGGUUUUAACAAAGUUACUUGGUAGGUGUAAGUAUGAAGCGGCUAUAAGUCCAAGGUGAAACUCCUCUAUAAAUUCAUAAAAAUGGAUUUCAUUGCUGUGUUGGAAUUGGAUAUACCAGUCACCACACAACAAACUAACAAUAAUUUUUUAUCACUGGACAGUUUAAAGCCAUCACAUGAGACUCGCCACAUAUGAAAUCACUGUAGGCUAGGUAGAUAUUUGCAUGAUAGAUUUGUGUGUCCAAAACAAAAAUAAUUACGCAUACCUUCUUUAUAUUUUCACUACCUGGAAAUACAUGUCAUAAAAAUCUGUAGUACAGCUUUUUUUAGUUUUUCAGGUGGGAAAAAAAAAAAAAAAGUGUUUCUACUGGAAUGGGAAAGAACUUUGAACCCCUUCUCAAGUUCCAGCAUUACAUAAAAAUCUCAAUGUAAAAGAUGUGAUGAAACAAAAAAUUUGUUUGGUUAACUAGCUUUUUUCUCUUCUUUUUUUUUUUUUUUUGACAUGUCAUAUUGUUAUUUAAAUGCAUGAAGUAAUAUUAUUUCUCAAGUUAUUUGUUCAGCUUUUCAAUGUUCUUUUCCUAAUCAAAUGAAAGAACAAAAAGUAGCCCAGCAACAGCCGUUGGUUCUUAUUAAAGGUUUGCAGUGCCUUCAUUGGCGUUGUGCUUAGCUUUCUGUGGCAGAUAUGGCUCAACUAAUAUAUGGACUUCUAGAAGGAGAUGGAGGCAAAGGAGGGAAGUUUUGCAGAGCAUGACAAGGUUCUGUGUGCCACCAUAGUGGAAGUUAAUUGUUAAAACAAGCAAUCCACACAAACAUGUAUCCAAAGAAAAUUCAAGGACGUAGCUCAAAAGGCUUUGCAGUACUAAAACUCUAAAACAAAAUUUCAGAGAAUGAAUACUCUCUUGCUAAGCAAAAAUUGAUAUAUAUCUUUAAAUAAAAUUGUGUAGUACAUGCCUGCCUUGUAAAGAGAAAUUAGUCUGAUAUAUUUUCCUGCAUGAACAAAACAGAGGAGAAAAUAACCAAGGCAGAGACAGUCACGCCAGACUGUUCCAGAUGGGCCUAAGAAGAUUAAACUGAAGGUUGGUCACUUUGACAUUGAGUGCAUUUUAAUUCAGAAGCAUAUUAAUCAGAAACUACCUUCCCUUCAGCCUCUCCUUAACAAACAAAAUUGGGCACAAGGCCCCAUUUGCAAGUAUUUUAGGCAAAUGAAAUAUAGAAUAAAAUGCCUUUUGCUGGUACUCUAGCAGUUCUCAGUACAGAACCUGAACGUUCAUUAGGCGUUUGAGUGGUCAGCUUGCAAAAUACAAAUAUUGUGUGAUUACAGUCACAGGAUAGUAUCUUAGACAUAACUCUGUGCAGUUCAGUAAAAAAGGGCAGAAAAACCUAAAAUUUUCACUUAUUUUUAGAUGCCUGUGGAGAUUGUGCACAAAGAUAUAGGUAGCAGCUAGCUGCCAGAUCUGUUCCCAUCCGAAUCCAGUGUGAGCAGCAGUGUUUGCAUCUGAAGCAGAUGCAGAGUGUAUUCCAGUGUAAGCAUUGACAAGGGAGAUGAGGCCAAAUAAAGUCCUCUAUACAAGCACUCUUCACCUUGAGGCAGAUGAAAUCUUGCAUCCUAUCACAACUGCAGAGUUUAUGGAGAAUAUAGGCUUGACCCACGACAGGAAAGACUAGGUUUUAGCAGUGAAGUUUGUAUCCAGAUCCAGGGUUUCAGUUCAAAAGUCAUCUCUGCUUUAUAGGAUUGACACCUGGCAUAUGCUGUAAAUGAAUAUGGUAUUUAGUAUCUCUGAAGAGGAGCUGAAGUGACAUUAGCCAAAAUCCCAGCAACAGAAGCAUUUUGGAGAGUUGAAGCCAAGGGUCUCUAUCAUGUAUUAGCAGAUUAUAGUUUAUUAGGGCCUACCUAAUUUAAGAAAAAUGUAAAUUAAAAUUAAAAGCUUGUAAAAUUGUGUACAUCUUUGCUAUUUCUCAAUAAAUACACUUGGAAGUGUCA